UGAGGCCUAAGAAGGAAGAGAAGAAGACUCAUGUGUCAAUAAAACUCAAACUAACCUCAAAAUUUGCGAUUCGAAUUCAAGUUAAUUCAACGCUUAUUUGCACUCAAUUUUCUACCGUUUAAGUUCAUAUUUUCACUAUGAAGUCUUAUUUUAACGAAACAACCAAUUCAUUUGACGAUGAAAUCUCAACUACUAAUGUACCAAAAAAUCACAAUUCUGCCAAAAAUAGCCAAAAUUUCGCCGAAAAACUGGACGAAGAGCUGUUUUUCUUCGAUUUAGAAGGGAACAAGUACAAUCGAAAGGCUGUAAUAAUCGACAUGCUUGACAGUGAUCUGGAAAUGAUUUAUUCGGAUGAUCAAAUUCCGAAUGAAUCGGAAGAUAUUAACGAUAAUAAAAAGAAGAAAAAAUUGCGCAAAACCAGAAAUAAACACUCAGAUUUCCACGAUGAAAUUACAGGAAUCACUAAUUCAGAUAAUGGAGAAGUUUCUCAGAAUUCCCUUAAAACUCACAAAGUCCCUUCUUCUGAUUGUAUUUUGGAUUCAAUUUCGAAUGAAAUGGAAAAAAUCGGUGUAGAAAAGGGAGAAAAAUCAAAGAAGAAGAAGAGGAAGUGUGAAGAAAGGAAUCAAAGCGAAAAUACAGUAAUAAUCGAUAAUGGAGAUAUUCAGAAGAAAUCAAAGAAGAGAAAACGUUUAUUGGAACAUAACGAGGAAUUAAUUUUUAUUGAAGGAAUCGGGGAAGAAGAAAAAGAGAAAUCAAUAAAUGAGAAUGUGAACGAUAAAAAUUGUAAUUUAAAUAACAAUGAAAUUAUUCAUAUUGAAUAUAAUGAAAACAAUGUAGAAAAGAAGAAGAAGAAGCAGAAACAUAAAGAACAAUUUGAAUCACAAGAUAAAAAUCGAAUUGAUAUUAUACAUGAUAUUUCUGAUGAAACUCGAAGAAUUUCGAAGAAAUCGAAGAAGAAUAAAGAACAAAAUGACUGUUUGAACGAAGAACAUGAAAAGAUAUAUAACGAUACAAAUAAUUCAGAAACUUUCGACGAAAUUCUUGAUAUUCAACAGGAAAAUUUAAUUAUAAAUAGUGCAGAAAUAUCGGAAAAGAAGAAGAAGAAGAAGAGAAAGGAUAAAGAAAGUUACACGAAUUCCCCUGAACUGUCUCUGAAUAUUUCAGAGAAAUCGAAGAGGAGAGAACUUGAUUUAGAAGAUUCGAAUUAUAACGAAAAACUUGAUGAUAGUUCAAACUGUAUUAAAAAAUCGAAGAAAUCCAAAAGUAAAUCGAAAGAAGAAUUAGUACAUAAGGCGGCUGGAACGGAAAAUUUUGAAGAAAUUCUUCAUAUUCAAGAAGGAAAUUCAAACAUAAAUUGUGCCGAAAUAUCGGAAAAGAAAAAGAAGAAAAAGAGGAAAGAAAAUAACACGAUUUCCCCUGAACUGUCUUCAGAUAUUCGGAAUAAAUCAAAAAAGAGAAAAGUUGAUUUAGAAGAUUCGAAUUAUAACGAAAAACUCGAUGAUAGUUCAAACUGUAUUAAAAAAUCGAAGAAAUCCAAAAGUAAAACGAAAGAGAAAAAUUUAAAUAAAAAGGAAACUAUUCAAAUUGAAUAUAAUGAGGUUUACAAAGAGACACCAAAGAAGAAGAAGAAGAAGAAAUACGAAGAAAGCAAUCAAAGCGAAAAUACGACAAUAAAUGAUUCGAAUAAUAAUGGAGACAUUUUGAAGAAACCGAAGAAGGAAAAACAUCUAUUAGAACAUAAAGAAGAAUUUACUGAAGAAAAUGAAGAAGAAAAAUCGAUAAAUGAAAUUGAUAUAAAUUAUGAAUAUUUAAUUAAAAAUGAAAUUCAAAUUGAAUAUAAUGAGGUUUUCAAAGAGACAUUAAAGAAGAAAAAGAAGAAGGAGAAAUACGAAGAAAGCAAUCGAAGCGAAAGUACCAUAAUAAAUGAUUCUAAUAUCUCUGAUAAUAAUGAAAAAAUAUCAAAGAAAAAAAAGAAAUAUUUAUUGGAACAACAAAAUAUCGAGAAAACGGAAGAAAUCAAUCCUGUCAGAAUUAAAAAAGAAGAAAAUAACGAUAAUUCCGUUGAAAAUGCCGACGUUCUAGAGGGGUCCAGAGGAUUCGAAGAAACUAAAGGAAAUUUGAAACAAAAGGAAAACAAAAAAAUUUCGAUUUUUGGCAGGAAAAAAAUGAGAAGGAUACGGGAUCCCGUGUGGAUGAGAUUCCAAAUUGAAAAAGAAGAAUCUUCGAUCGACUGUGAUAAAAACCUGGAAGGCUGUGAAAUUGAUUUCGACGAAGAUAAAAUCUACAUGCUCAAAAGAGAAUUAGAGUGUACUUAUGACGAAUCUUCUGAAUUAAGUUCGCUCUACAUUUCUCUGCCAUUUGAAGAAAUUCCGGAUUUGCACGUGAUAAAAAGGGCAAGUAAACCGACAAAGGAACAAUCGCACUUGGCUAAAUUGUUGAAUGCGAAAACUGGGCCUUUUAGUAAAGAAGAAGACGAGAAAAUUCGAAGAAAUUGGAAGGAAUUUUGUCAGAGUCACCAUUUGAAUUUGGAACCUCGGGUGUUUUUCAAAUUCCCCAGAUGCUGGCCGAUACAGGAGAAAAUCAAAUUCCUGCAAUACCUUUCUCACGGCUUGGACAAUCGAGCUCCUUACCGGGUUCACAUGAGAUUCAAGAAAAUUUUCGAGCCUCCUGGACUCAAAAAAGGAAGAUAUACCAAAGAAGAGGACGAUAUAAUAAUAAAUUAUCUGAGUCGAACGAAUUCUUCGAGGCCCUUUUUCGAAUUAGGUUUGUUAUUAAACAGAAGCAGCAAAUCGGUGGAAGAACGACAUUAUUUAUUAUCUAAAGAUAAUAAUGAUAAUAACGGUGAUAAUAAUGUUCAAACUAAGCGAAUAAAAUGGGAUGUCAAGAUGGCUGAAAGGCUAAUCAAAGCCAUAAUGGAGAUUACGAAAACGAGUGACGUCAGCGAAUUAGAGAAACUUCGAUUGACCGAUGUCCAAUGGAAAAAGGUAUCCGGAAAAAUGGCUGAUAUUCCAGUGAAGAAAUUGCGAAGGGCUUGGGAUGUAAACGUUUACCCGAAAUUGUUCAUGAAAGACAAGGCGAGGAAAGUUCAAAAGAGGUUGAUUAAAAUUUUAAUUGAAAACAAUGAAAAUGAUUUUCGAACGGUAUCCUGGGAGAAAUACGUGGAUCAUUUUCGAGGAGUUACUGCUACAAAAUUGUACGAUUUAUUCAGGAGUAUGAUGCACAAUGUGUCCGAUUCGAUACGAACAUCAUUAACAGAUGUUUUGAAAUAUCUUUUGGAAAAUAUGGACAGCGUCAGAACGACAGCGAAACGUGUUAAAUACGAAUUCGAAAAUGGAAAAUUGAGAUCCGUUUAAAAUGGUAAUUGUUAACUUGUUAAAUUGGUCACUUGUUGUUUUUCAAUUUUUUUAAUUAUUUAUAUUAAAUAAUUAUUUUUCAAAAAGCAUCCAUUAAUCUAUUUGACGAGUUUAGGAUAUUUUUUCUAUUUGUU